UGAAGGUAGCACGUUGAACUGAAAGCUGUGGGAGUUCUGCGACAGAAGGCCUGCGGUGGAGUCCAGUGUCCGGUGGGAAUCCGGAUCCGGCCAGGUGUAGGUCUCCUGGGUAUGGAUCUUGUGUGGAGUGCGUGGUGCGGGAAGUGCGUCAAAGAGAAAGGGUCGUCGCCACUUUGGGCCCAGCGCAUCGUGGUCGCCUGGCUCAGUAGGGCCGAGUGGGAUCAGGUGACGGUGUAUCUCUUUUGUGAUGACCAUAAAUUGCAGCGGUACGCCCUGAACCGCAUCACCGUGUGGAGGAGUAGGUUAGGCAACGAACUACCCCUGGCAGUGGCUUCUACUGCUGACCUGGUACGCUGUAAGCUCAUGGAUGUAGCUGGUGGCUUGGGCCCUGAUGAACUUAGACUGCUCUAUGGCAUGGCGUUGGUCAGGUUUGUGAAUCUUAUCUCAGAGAGGAAGACAAAGUUUGUCAAGCUCCCUCUCAAGUUCCUGGCUCAGGAGAUAAACAUUCCGGAUUGGAUUGUUGAACUUCGCCAUGAGUUGACACACAAGAAAAUGCCCCAUAUAAAUGACUGCCGCAGAGGCUGUUACUUUGUUCUGGAUUGGCUCCAGAAGACCUACUGGUGCCGCCAGCUGGAGAACAGCCUGAGAGAAACCUGGGAGCUGGAGGAGGAUAGGGAAGAGACAGAUGAAGAAGACCAAGAGGAAGAUAAAAAUAUUGUAGUUGAUGACAUCACAGAACAGAAACCAGAGCCUAUGGAUAAAGGGAAAGGUGCAGAACUGGAUAUCAGGGUUGAUGGAGACAGUGAAGGCAACAAAGAGGUUGAUUCACAUUUGAAAAAGGCUCUGAGACAUAAAGAGCUAUAUGAAAGAGCCCGAGAACUGCUGGUCUCCUACGAAGAGGAGCAGUUUAAGGUGCUGGAGAAAUUUAGGCAUUUACCUCAGGCUGUUAAAGCAUGGAACAACCUGUCUCCACCUGUAGAAUGCAUCCUGGCAGAGCUCAAAGGCAUUACAUGUGAGAACAGGGAGGCUGUGUUGGAUGCUUUUCUGGAUGAUGGCUUUCUCAUCCCCACAUUUGAACAGUUGGCAGCUUUGCAGAUAGACUACGAAGAUGGUCAGACUGAGGUCCAGAGAGGGGAAGGUACUGACCCAAAAUUACACAAAAACGUGGACCUGAGUGACAUCCUGGUGCCAAAGCCAUUCUCUCAAUUCUGGCAGCCUCUGCUCAGGGGCCUGCACUCCCAGACCUUCACACAGGCCCUGCUGGAGAGGUUGCUCUCUGAGCUGCCAGCCUUGGGUGACAGCGGGAUCCGGCCCACCUACAUCCUCAGAUGGACCAUUGAACUGAUUGUGGCUAACACCAAAACUGGACGGAAUGCCCGCCGAUUUUCUGCAAGCCAGUGGGAAGCCAGAAGGAGUUGGAGGCUAUUCAACUGCUCUGCCUCUCUUGACUGGCCCCGGGUGGUUGAGUCCUGCUUGGGGUCCCCUUGCUGGGCCAGUUCCCAACUCCUUCAGCUCGUCUUCAAAGCCAUGGGACAGGUCCUGCCAGACGAGGAGCAGGAAAGGCUGCUGCGCAUCUGUUCCAUUUAUACCCAGACUGGAGAGAACAGCCUAGUACAGGAGGGCUCAGAGGCCUCCCCCAUCGGGAAGUCUCCUUACACAUUGGACAGCCUGUAUUGGAACCUCAAACCAGCUGGUUCCUUUGGAAUUGAAGGAGAACCCCAGCAGCAGGAGGAGCAGGGCGGCCUUAAUGAUCUCAAGAAAGAUGAAAAAGAGGAGAAAGAUCUGGAAGAUCAGGUGGAGGAGGAGGAAGAGGAAAAUGAUGACCAGAAGUGGGAGGAGGAGGAAGAAGAUGAAGAUGAUGAAGAUGAAGAUGAGGAGGAGGAAGAGGUGGAGGAGGAAGAUAGAAUGGAGGUGGGGCCUUUAUCUACUGGGGAGGAGUCUCCCACUGCUGAGAAUGCCAGGCUCCUGGCCCAGAAAAGAGGAGCUUUGCAGGGCUCUCCAUGGCAAGUUAGCUCUGAAGAUGUACGAUGGGAUACCUUCCCCUUAGGCCUAAUGCCAGGUCAGACUGAGGACCCAGCAGAGCUUAUGCUGGAGAAUUAUGACACCAUGUAUCUUUUGGACCAGCCUGUGCUAGAGCAGCGGCUGGAACCCCCAACAUGCAAGACUGGCACCCUUGGCUUGAACUGUGGUGUGGGCAGUGACAACUGCAGCAACAGUAGCAACAGCAGCAGCAACUUGGAGGGCCUUCUCUGGAGCCAGGGCCAGCUGCAUGGACUCAAAACUGGCCUGCAGCUCUUCUGAUGCCCACACUGGUGCAAAGUGUUUCUCCAGCUCUGCUGCAGCAACAGCCCCUUCACUGCCCCUGUUGUCCCCCUGCUCCUGGCCCCCACCAGUGCACCUGAUGCUCCAUGAAACAACCUGGGAGUCCCACUUCAGCCGUAUCAGCUCAGCUUUCUGCCACAAUGGAAUUUUGAAUGUUUUGGGGUUUUUUAAAGUUUUGUUUUGAAGAACAAUAAACAGGCAACUGUUAAUUUUGGUGUUUAUAAGAUAAGGGGGUGUGUGCUGGGGCAGACCAGUGUAGUACUUGCUUUUUUCUGAGGGACCCAGAGAAGAUGUGAUUGUAACAGGACUUUAAGCAAAAGCCUGGUCCUUUGGCUCCUUGGGCCCACUGCUCCUAAUUGUUUUCACCACCAGGCCCCACUCAUACUUUCUUCCUGAUUUGAACCAUUUUCAUUCCUCUCUGCUGUAGAAUUGGGCCAGCUCACUUAGAAGCAUCAGGCUCCAGAAGAGAGAUGUUGCUAUAGAGCCCAGCAGCAUCAGGAGAAUCUGCUCAGAACCUCCCUGACAGUGGGAAGCCCCAGGCCUUCCUGAUGUUACCUGGCAGGCUUUUGGCUCAUUUCCUUGCUUACUCUCACUAAACAGCAAUUGAAAACCAAAAAGAAACCUUUAUUUUUCCACUCCUUUGGCCUGGAAAAGAUAGAGUGGACAUGACUGUGAUAGACACUGAAGCUAGAGGAAUAUCUUAUCGGCUGACAUAGAGCUUCUGUAUGUCACAUAACUCUGCCAGACAAGAGUGCCUACUCUGCCAGCUCUGAGCUGCCAAGAGACAGGGAAGAAUAUGUUCACACCCCUCUGAGCCCUCUGCCAAGUGAGAAAAGACAAAUUGCCAUUCAUAUAACCUGAAGUUCUGUGGAGGGAGCCCUCCUGUGCCACAUGUUCUUUGUUUUUCUCAGGGUUAUAUUUUGAUGGUGGAGGUUGAUUGAGGUGAAGCCUGGCUACCGUAUUACCAGUCCUCUGGAGAGAGUGAUAGCUGAGCAAGAGAGUGGGCAUUUCCGCAGGGCCAAGUUGGCCCCAGACAAGGGGAAGCAUAGGACAGAACUAGGCAGCAUUCUAGACAAGAAGCUGGCCCAAGGAGUGGCUGAGCUAAGGAAUGAAGGAGAGGGCUUAUGCUAUGAAAAUGCCAAGGAGAAAUUUAGUGAAAUGUCAUGUCUGACAACGUCAAAAGGUUAAUUUGAGGUAGGACCCAUAGGAAGUCUCCAACACUUAUUAAAGUAUAUCCUGAAUAUC